UGUUAGCCAUCCUCCAGCCAGCUCGCAAUGUCCUCUGCCUCCGUAUCAUCCUUGUCAAGAGCAGCAGCACGCCUUGCAAGGCAGAGUGGUGGUCGUCGCUAUCUUGCCUCACACGCAGCAAGCCCCACCGCCGCCGCCUCAUCUUCCUCCUCCUCUUCUUCUUCCUCCUCAUCGUCGUGGUCCCCGCCCAUUGCCCCAGGCACUUGCGCAGCCUACGACGAAGCCCUAGCAUACAUCGCCUCACACCAAGCCAAGCUGCGGCGUCGUAUUCAGCAAGUUGAAGGAGACUCCUCAUUGAGCGCUGAACAAAAGGCGCAGGUACUGGAAGGCCUCACCGUCGCAUCGCAAAUUGACGACCCGAAAGUGCGCUGGGCGUUUGAGAGGACAAAGGAUGACGAGCUGGAUCUGACGGAUGCGACUGUGCGGCAUCUGAGAGAGAGGGCGUGGAGGAAGUGUGGAAGUCUCGACAAGCUGAUCGAACGCAUACGCGACCAGCAAGUCAUCCCAGACUCGAUCGCGCACAUCACCCCCACCAUCGACGUUCAGGUCAUUCUCGGCUCAGAAGAUGGGCCGGGCGUUGGCGACCACACAGAUCGUUCUCUGCCCCCAUCGGGUGACAUCCUUCCCGGCGUGAUCAUCGAGCAGUCUCACCUUCUCGAGCAGCCCACUCUCCGCCUCACAAGCUUCUCGACUCAAGAGAAGAAGCAUACGGUGAUGCUGGUGGACUUGGACACGCCAUCUCAGGACGGAUUCGACAUCAAUAUUCACUGGGCAGUCGCAGACAUCCCGCUAUUCUGCUCGCAGCCGUCGCGUCUUCUCAGACCAGGCGGCGACAUGCUCGGCGGCAAGGAGGUCCUGCCUUACUUCCCCCCUAUGCCCUCCCAAGGCUCCGGCAGGCAUCGCUAUGUGACACUGGUGUUCGAGCAAUCCAGUUCCUCCACCCUUGACCUCACCCCACCCCUCUCCCUCAAAGCAGAUCUGCGUUCUCUGAUCUCGCAGCACUCCCUUCUCCCCGUCGGCAUCCACUUCUUCCGCACAGAGUGGACUGAAGCUUCGCGCCGCUCGAUCAGCAAGACGUGGGAUGAGGCAGGGCUGGCUGAGCCGCGUUGGGCUAAGCUGCCUAGGAGUGAGAGGAAGAGGAGGGUCGACCCGAGGGUGCAGUGGGUGGUUGCGGAUCGGAGGGCGAUGGCGCAGGCAGAGGGGAUGGUUGCGGGGGCCCACGCCGAGGAGCAGGUAUAGAGGCCACGCGUCGCGAGAAUGAUUAGGCAUUGCAAUUCAUCGCCACUGAGAGCAUGCAAUUUUUCUG